CCUGCGAGAUGACAAAUGAUUGGCGAUUACAUGUCGACGCUAAUAAGAAUGCAGGGUUGCGUCUAUGCAGCUCUACUAAUUAGUUUACUAAGCCUCAGUGUGACAUUUUCAUCGGAUGACAUUCAGCUGAGCAAAGACCAAAUUGGGCAAUUGAAGAUGGGUUUCGAUGCUUUCGAUCCCGAUAAAAAGGAGUCCAUCAAAACCGACAUGGCCGGCACCAUUCUGUCGAUGAUGGGAAUGAAGAUCCCGUCAGAGCAAUUGAACAACGUCAUUUCUGAAUUCGACCCGUUCGGAUCCGGAGAACUAAAUUUCCACGAGUUCUGCGGUCUAGCUUCCCGGUUCAUGGAAGAGGACACCGACACCGAGGCGAUGCAGCAAGAACUAAGAGAAGCUUUCCGUCUGUACGAUAAGGAAGGGAACGGUUACAUCACCACCGAAGUGUUCAGAGACAUUCUUCACGAAUUGGACGACGCACUGUCCCCGGAGGAACUAGACAUGAUCAUCGAGGAGGUGGACACUGAUGGAUCUGGCACACUCGAUUUCGAAGAAUUCAUGGAGGUCAUGACAGGCUAAAUUAUCAACUUGGCACGAAGCGGCGGUCCCUCGUGUCGGCCACGUCCACGAGCAACGGAGCCGCCCGUUUCACACGUGGAGACUGCAAUUUAUUGAAGAUGCAUGUACGUGUCGUUGGCAAAGUAUGAAGUUAAAGGUUCGUAGGUGAUUUCUGCUAGGGAGGCGAACGAGCAACGUGGAUAUAGCUGAGAAUGUAUUUUUGCCGGUCCGUCGCUUUUGGAAUCACAAUCGGCUAAAAUGUAUUUCUAUCUAUGCCGUAAUUAACUUAUACUCGAUAUUCUAGAUAAUAUUGUUCCCAGAAACUGGUUUAUAUCGAUCGAUAUAGAUUUACGUUUCCACGUUACGAUUGUUUUCUUUCCUCGAACUUAUCUCUUCCUGGUUCGCGCAAAAUUCAGUACUAUGGUGAAUUCUGCUCGAGCUCGAAUAUCUGUUAAAAUAGAAGAGAUAUUUUCUGAUUGAAAAUGUGAAUCAUCGUAAUUGUAAAUAUCAUGCUUUGCCGACGACGUAUGCAAUCGUUUGUAACAGUGAUAAUACUCGUAAGAAAUUAUAUUGUAAAAUAACUGUGACCACGAUACGAUCAACGUGACUUAAUGUCAACAAAAAAGUAAUAAAGUGUAAAAAAAAAUAGCAAAA